CGGAUACUUAACAUCUCAGCUUUACUCUAACCCGGGAGAUGAAACCCGCAUUUUAAAAAACCCGCAAAAGAACUUCACUCCAACCCAAGAUGACGGUGGAUUUUGAAGAAUGUAUUAAAGAUUCACCCCGAUUUAGGGCAAAUAUCGAUGAGGUGGAGACUGAGGUGGUGGAGAUUGAGGCAAAACUAGAUAAGCUGGUGAAGCUAUGCAGUGGGAUGAUUGAAGCAGGGAAGGCCUAUGUCAGCGCCAACAAGCUCUUCGUCAACGGCAUCCGGGAUCUGUCUCAGCAGUGCAAGAAGGAUGAAAUGAUCUCGGAGUGCCUGGAAAAGUGCGGGGAAAGCCUCCAGGAAAUCAUCAACUACCACAUGAUACUGUUCGAUCAAGCUCAGCGGUCUGUAAAGCAGCAGUUGCACAACUUUGUGAAAGAGGAUGUGCGGAAGUUCAAGGAGACCAAGAAGCACUUCGACAGGGUGCGUGAGGAUAUGGAAAUCGCCCAAGUGAAGAACGCUCAGGCGCCGAGGAACAAACCUCACGAGGUCGAAGAAGCCACCGGCACGCUCAGCAUCACCCGCAAGUGUUUCAGACACCUCGCUCUGGAUUACGUUCUCCAGAUCAAUGUCCUCCAAGCAAAGAAGAAAUUUGAGAUCCUAGACGCUAUGCUGUCGUUCAUGCACGCCCAGUACUCUCUGUUCCAGCAGGGCUACAACCUGCUGGAUGAGAUCGACCCCUACAUGAAGAAACUGGCUGCUGAGCUGGAUCAGCUGGUGAUUGAUUCAGCCAUGGAGAAGAGGGAGAUGGAGCAUAAACAUGCAACCAUUCAGCAGAGGACCCUCAUGCAGGACUUCUCUUAUGACGAAACAAAGGUGGAGUUCAAUGUGGACGCUCCUAAUGGUGUGGUGAUGGAGGGCUACCUGUUCAAGAGGGCCAGCAAUGCCUUUAAGACUUGGAACAGGCGGUGGUUCUCCAUACAGAACAGUCAGCUGGUCUAUCAGAAGAAGCUCAAGGAUUCUCUGACGGUGGUGGUGGAGGACCUCCGGCUGUGCUCUGUUAAACCAUGUGAGGACAUCGAGAGGAGGUUCUGCUUUGAGGUCGUCUCCCCCUCCAAGAGCUGUAUGCUUCAGGCUGAGUCCGAGAAGCUAAGACAAGCGUGGAUUCAGGCGGUUCAAGCGAGCAUUGCCUCCGCCUACAGAGAAAGCCCAGACACCUACUACAUAGAGCAUCUGGACAGAACAGCCUCCCCGUCCACCAGCAGCAUCGAUUCAGCCAGUGAACCGCGGGAGCGCAGCGCCCGAGGGGAGACCAUCCUGCAGCGGAUCCAGUGUCUGCCGGGUAACGAGCAGUGCUGCGACUGCGGACAGGCCGACCCUCGCUGGGCCUCCAUCAACCUGGGCAUCCUGCUGUGUAUCGAGUGCUCCGGCAUCCACAGGAGUCUCGGAGUUCACUGUUCGAAGGUGCGCUCACUCACGCUGGACUCAUGGGAACCAGAAUUAUUAAAGUUAAUGUGUGAGCUUGGAAACAGUGUCAUCAACCAUAUCUAUGAAGGCUCAUACCAAGAACAAGGUCUAAAGAAACCGUUACCGUCCAGCUCAAGGCAGGAAAAAGAGGCUUGGAUUAAGGCAAAGUACGUCGAGAAGAAAUUCCUGAAGAAGCUGGGCUCCACAGAGAUACUCAUCAACGGAGAGAGGAAGUCGGAGCGGCGGUGGAGCGUAAAAAAGUGUCGGAGGCACAACAGCGCCACCACGGUACCCAAAACACGGCGAAGAUACCGACAAGAGCCUGGAAGCAUCUCUCCGUCUACCCUCUCCUCAGCUGCUGCUAAAUUCAGACGAGACUCCCUGUUUUGUCCCGAUGAGCUGGACUCUCUCUUCUCCUACUUUGAUACGGGAUCAGGACCUCGAAGUCCGGCAGGCCUCAGCAGUGACAGCGGGUUAGGAGGCAGCACAGACGGCAGCACGGACAUCCUGGUGUUUGGCUCGGUGGUGGACAGCGUUACAGAGGAAGAGUGUGAGGUGUCCGAGGACUCGAGUGGCGAGGCUGAGCUGGAGGCCGAGCCAGAGACGUCGGACCCGGAGGACAUAAGGGACAUUCAUCCUGGAGCGCUGCUCUACAAAGCCUCAAAAGCCCGCAACCUGCCCAUCAUGGCUGAAGCACUGGCCCAUGGAGCCGACGUCAAUCUGGUCAACGAGGAGGACGAAGGAAAGACGCCGCUCAUACAGGCCGUCAUAGGGGGUUCAUUGAUAGCCUGCGAGUUCCUGCUGCAGAACGCUGCUGACGUCAACCAGAGAGACACGAGAGGGCGGGGCCCCCUGCAUCAUGCCACAUAUUUGGGACACACGGGGCAGGUGUGUCUAUUCCUCAAACGGGGAGCCACACAGAAUGACGGAGAUGAGGACGGCCACGAUCCUUUGAGUAUAGCUGUACAGCAGGCCAAUGCAGAUAUAGUCACGCUGCUGCGUCUGGCCAGGAUGAACGAGGAGAUGCGGGAGUCGGAGGGACCCUUUGGUCAACCAGGUGACGCCACAUACCUUGACAUCUUCCGGGAAUUUUCCCACAUGGCAUCACACAACCCAGAGAAGCUGAAACGGAGGAGUGUGCACUUCCGACACUCCUUCAGGUAGUCCGCCAAGCGUCUGCAGAGGACAGAAGACAUAGUACUUGAAAAGUGCAAGCAGCCACUUUCCAAACACAGUCACAAGUGAUCCUUAAGCUCCACAUUUUGAACCACUACUUAUUGGAGAAAUCUGAUUCUGUACUCUGUUAUAAAAGCUAU